UUAAUUGGCUUUGGAGAUUGUAGGACAUCAAACAUUAUGUCUAGGAUUACCGACGAGGAAGUUGCACAUGUAGCUGUUGGUGUUUUCUGGUUUAUUUCGGUGUGCCAAAGAUUAGGUCGUGUACCUUGUGUAACCUUGAAGAACCUUCUGCUGAAGAUACUAGUCAAAUAAUUUUGCAGAAACUCUCUUAGCAUUCUACUUAUUUUCUUACUAGUUGUUUCUUUCUGUUUUAUUUUCUUUGGAUCAUUCUAAAUCUGUACUGCAGAAAGGUAGGUAGAGAUUUCCUGGUAAAGCAUUAGUUGCGCUGCUUAGACCUAAAUUCAGCUGAUUCAAAUGAGCUCCACCUCCUCCUAAUUUUCUCACACUCCGCUGGGGUUUUUGAGAAUUCGUGUUAAUUUCAGGUUUUAGAAUUUUGGUGGAUUGCAUUGAGAUUUCAUUUAUUUAGUGCACAGAGUUCGUGAUUUAGUAGUCUUAUAUAGGGUAUAAGAUGAUAACAUGUUCAUUUCUAUUUGGGAUUUGAUUACAUUUCAUUUCUCUCCAGUUUAUACAGAGAAAAUGAAGAUGAAUAAAAAAGAAAAGUCGGAGACUGUCACGUGAUUGGUUUUUAUUUUGCUUAGAAAAUUUGUUUUAUCUGUUACCGAUUUCCUUUUAACUUCCAACUUUCACUUCAAUAGGUCCAAAGAUAGUCUCUGCUUUUAUGUUCUUGGCCGGUUACUGUGAUCCCAUUCUAUUCUAUCCUAUUCUAUAUCCUAGCUCUCUAUACUAUGAGGAAAAUUUUCAAAUCUCACAUGGCAACACCUCAUUCACUUUGAUGAAUACUGAUAGACUGAAUUGCAAUGUUGCCGACUUACUUAGUCGUAGACUCGUAGAUGAGAAGUCCUCGACUUCGAGAGCUAGCUGAGAAUGAGAAAGAUGAGCAAAGAAAGGCGUGUAAUGAAAGGCGACGGGCUUUGCGUGCACGAAGAAAGUUUGAAAAACAAAAUAUGGCAGCAGUAGUACCACUGCGUAGAAGUCAAAGGCUAACUCCGCAGGCGCAAAUUCCACAAAACCUUGACUGUGAUGCCUCCCGUAAGAGAAAAGGGAAGGCUGUUGUACACGACAAUCGACCUCGGAAAGAAGGAAGAUUUGAAGUGCAAAGAUGUAUCGAAAUCGUGCCACUGCGUAGGAUUCUAAGGCUAACUCCGCAGACGCAAAUUCCACAAAACCUUGACUGUGAUGCAUCCCGUAAGAGAAAAGGGAAGGCUGUUGUACACGACAAUCAACCUCGGAAGAAAACCAGCAGUGAAGUUGUGCGUUGCUGUAUUCUUGUGAAACACAUCGUUAGGAGUUUGACGUUGAGUCUUAGAUCUAAGCAAGAAGUAGAAGAAGAUAGAGCUGCAAGAUGCGUACGAAAUCUUAUGAAACGAUAUUUGAGGUUACAAGAGUCACCUCUCGCAAGGCGUCGAAGUUCAAGAAUUGAACAAGCUCGAUACAUCCGAGAGAAUCCGAGCUGUGAUGGGCUCAUUGAUGUUCCCGGACGCGCUGAUAUACCCUUAACAUUUGCCUCAAGUGAAGUAGGCGGCUUCUUUGAUCUACCAGGAGCAACUUCUUCAAGAGGAAUUAAGAGGUUGACAGCUUCAGUAGCAACGGUUGGGACUCUUUUUCUCCAUGACAUACAGUUAAGAUAUCCCUCACGUAGACCUAAUACUGCAUGUCAGAGACGAUACCGUGCAUCCGGCACAAUGCAUCAAAGGAUUGUAAGGCGAGCCAUGAAUAAUAUGCAUCAAAGAAAAUAUCAUCGUAGAAGAACUCAAACAAGUAAUGAAGAAAUAUGAUCUAAUGCUCAGUCAAGUCCUGCUGUUGUACUAUCAAAUGGUCAGAGGUUUAGAAGAGCUGUGGAUGCGAUAAAAUGGGUUUCUUGUGUCGGAUGUAAAACGAAAGUCCUUGAUAUUUCAACUGAAGGCAUAUGCACAUAUUGCAAGAAGGAUAAAGAGGACAGGUCAGAAGUUUUAAUGUUUAGUGAGACCAAUAAGAUGGAUCCGGGAGAAGUACCAGUGGAGCUAUGCCGUUUAACGGAUCUUGAGAAGAUUCUUAUUGCUCGUGUCCAUCCGGUAAUGGUGGUAAUGUAAUAAAUUUCGUACAAGAUGUGAGUUCGAUUGCAAAGGUACUUCCAUGUAAACCUGAGGAUUUAUCGGCGAUUCUUGUUGUGAAGAGAACUGGCAGUGUUUCAACAAAGGAGUUUAUAGUUAGGAGGGAGUAUGUGCGACAAGCUUUAGAAUGGUUGAAGGAAAAUCACAAGUACUACAAGGAUAUAGAAAUUAGUGAUGAGAAUAUAGCUUCUUUGCCUGAGGAAGGCGUGCCACUUGAUCUCCCGGUUAUGGAUGCAGGUAUUGAGGAACAUCGUGAAGAUGAUGUGCAUCAUGGACCUCCAGAGUUGCAAGAUCAGUUUGUCGGUAUCGACGAUUCUGAAUCUGUAGGUACUAUUGGAGUUAAUGUCCAACCAGAUUAGGAGAGGGAGAUUAGAAGAGCUUUGGAAGACAAAGAAGGGGCAGAGAAGAUCAACUUGGAAUUGCCGUUUUCUGGUCAAGUGAUCGAUGAGUUCACAACUCAAGGGUACAUCACCAUGGCGUUUCCGGCGUUAUUUCCUUGUGGUAAAGCUGAUUUACGGGAACCAAGAAUUAGGAAAGUUCCUGCACGUCUUUAUUUUCACUAUUUGAUGAGCUACUAUGAUCAGCGCUUUGCUCGGGAUUCAAGGAUUAGGUAUUUUGCUUGGAAUUCUCUGACUAGGUGAUAGGCAUUAGCUUUAGGAACUGUUUACAUAAACAGGAACCCAAGAGAUGGUGAGCUUACAAUUGAAAAGAUUCGAGAAAUGGUUUCAUCAGGGGACAGCAGUUUAGCUUGCCGUGUUGCUUAUUGUGCGCAACAGAUGCGAGGGUGCAGAGCAUACUGGUAUAGUCGAUUGAAGGAGCUUAUAUCAAUGGUUAACCAGCUGGGACCGCUGACUAUUUUCUUCACACUCAGUGCAGCUGAUCUCCAAUGGCCAGAACUGUACAAGCUUCUUGACACAGAAAACAGGUUGGGAAGCUUAGAUCCAAACAGAAGAAGGAGAGAAAGGGCAAAGUUACUGAACGACAAUCCAUUGGUUGUCUCGUGGUUCCUCCAGAAAAGGGUGGAUUUAUUCUUGAAGUUGUUUCUGAAGAAAGAGUUUAAAGUGGUUGAUCACUGGUACCGGUUCGAGUGGCAGAGCAGAGGUAGCGGGCAUGUGCAUGGUUUUCUGUGGCUCGAAGACAGACCGGAUCCUUCGCGUAUUGCCACAGAUGAGGAGGUACGUCGUAUGAUUUGUGAUUACUUUGACAGUAUCAUAUGCACAUGGAACCCAGAUCCCAGUUUCAGAGUCGUCAUACAAGACAAUCAUCCAUGUGCACAGGAAAUUUCAGAGGAUUCAAAUCUAGAAGAUGAUGAUGAUGAUUAUGCGGCUUUGGUUAACUAUGUGAUGCGACACACUAAGUGUGGAAGUUACUGUUUGAGAAAAAGCAAGGUUACAAGGCGAGAUGAAUGUCGUUUCAGAUUCCCAAUUGAGCUUUUAGACGAAUCUAAGCUAGUUGAAGAACCAGCUUACAGCAACAUGUUCAGAUUUCUUGGCCGCAGAAACGAUCAGUGGUUGAAUUCUCACAAUCGCGCUGUUAUACAAGCAUGGAGAGCAAACAUUGACUGGUCUGCUGUGACAACUACGGAAUCCGUUACCCGUUAUAUCGCCAAGUAUGCAGCAAAGGCAGAACCAGCCUCAAGAAUUGCAUCGACAUUUUGCGAGGAAUCGUUGAUAAUCCACUACGACCUUGUCGUGACCCAGAAUCUGUUGUAAAAAGAAUGCUCAUUAAGAAUGCAUCGGAAAGAGACGUAUCUGCCCAGGAGGUGUGCCACUUACUCAUGGGCUGGAAUUUGUCGGACUCGUCGAGAAAAUUCGUUACGUUAAAUCUGAGCGAAAGUAGGUUGUUCUCCUCUCAACUGCGGAAGCGAAAGAACAGAAGUAACGAAGAUGUAGAGCAAGAGAUAGCUGAUCCGAAUUUUUUUUCAAGAUAUUUGAGCAGACCGGAUGAUUGUGAGUAGACGACGCUUAUUGAAAUGGCAAAGAAGCAUUACUGGGCUCGUCGAAAGUGGUGCAAACAUCGUGUUGAGCCGGUUGUUAGGGUUUUACCAUAUUUCAGUGGGAAAAAAAUCAUUCCAGAUACUGAUCUUUAAGAAUCAUUUUGCAGACAACAGGUAUGUAGAGUAGUUAACUCUUCCUUGUUCCUAUUUUGGGCACUUUAUCUAAAUACUACAGUAGAUAAGGAACCAUUAGCUACAACCAUACUCAUAAGCAUGCAUUCACUUACGCCGCUGUUCUUUGUUGGUUGUUGUCUCAAUUAUGCCUCAACUCGUCUUUGUUCUUUAUGUACCAUCAAGUAUUAUUAAAUAGCCGAUACAGGAGCUUUGAUGAAGCGAAAGGAAAUUUCACUACGUGGUCAGGAAGGUAUGCUGAACUCAUCCGUCCUACUGAAAAUCCUUCGGUAGAUCUUGGCAUUGUUGAGGAGGAAUUUGAGGACGAAACGCAUCCAGAAGGCGAGUGGUUAGACGAAUGGAUGCAAGCAUCUGCAAUGACACCGAAUUUCAGGGCAUUGGAGGACACUGAUCUGGGAAGGCGCGACAUCGAUAAAAACCAUCUAUGGUCAAGUGGAUUACUGGACAACCUUACCAUUCACGAGAAGAUAGGAUUCAUUAACACCUUACGACAAGCCGUGCAAGAUACACACGAUUCUGGUUCAAGUACUUCUCUCCCUGCUCUGUCAAGACAACAACAAGCCGCACAUGAUCUUAUUCUUGAUUCUUUGAGGUCGAAUUCAACUAUUAGGUUGAUUAUCAGUGGAGGGGCAGGAACAGGAAAAUCAACACUCAUAAAUGCCAUUGUUCGGUCGACAAGGGAACUUUUCAGCAACGACAAUGCUGUUCGUAUCAUGGCUGGCUCCUACGGGUGUAGCCGCAUUCAACAUUGGAGGGUCGACUAUUCACCACGAACUCGGCAUCACAGCAGAUAAAAGCCAGUCGUACAAGAAGCUGGAGGCAGAACGAUGUAGACGAAUGCAGGUAGAUUUCAAAUAUACGAAGUUGAUUAUUAUCGAUGAGUACAGCAUGAUCGGCAGAAAGAUGCUUGCAUAUAUCGAUCUUCGAUUAAGGGACAUUUUUGGAACCAAAGAAUUUUUUGGGAAUAUUUCUAUUGUACUCAUCGGUGAUAUGUGACAACUUCCACCCGUUUUUGAUACACCCUUAUAUGCUGAAGGCGGACGAGAGUUACAACUGACAGGUAAUCUCUCUUCCUCUGAGUUUGAACAAUGUGUUCACCUUGAACAAGUUUUCCGGCAGUCUGGAAUUGAGGAGUCAGAAUAUAGAGAAGCUUUGUCGAGAUUAAUUGAUGGCAAGUCCAUUGUUACCGAUUGGAAUCUGUUUGCCACUAGGAGCUACGCGACCCUGUCAGUCGAUGAGAAACACACCUUUAGACAUGCUCUUCGUCUGUUUCCCAGUAAAGAUGAAGUUGCCAGUUAUAAUGAAGAUGAAUUUGUGUUCCUAUUUGUCUAGUAAAUCUUCUAUUUCUCCGUUUUUGUUUAGAAGAAUAACUAGAGUUUGGAAUAGCCAUUAUUGUGAUUACACAUAGUUAUGUCCAACGUUUUCAUCGUUUUGUUUUUA